AUGACGGACCCUUCACAGGAAACGAUACAGGCGAGCAUGGGUGACAGCAGACCAAUCUCUCCCCGUGGUGACAGAGACGAGAGCAUCAAGACGAUAACCAACAAAGAUGGACAAAACUUCGACUGGAAGUCGGCAGAGUCAGAAUUCCAUAUGCAAUGGGGUGCUUUUGACUCCGCCCUCAGAGCGGCACGUCUUCGAUUCUCGCAACUCUAUCAUGUUGUGUUGACGGGUCUCAACAAGUCAAUUCAAGUACGUGGAAGCGUUUUGUCUUCAGCCCUAUUCAUUGCCGCGUACCUUUUUAGGUUUUGGGGUAGAUGA